GUGAUCGCGCGGGCGUGUGUCAAUUCUAUAAUAGGGAGUGAAAAACUUAUGUUUCACCGUUUGUUUGCAUGGUUCUGUAUUUUGAACCUCGUUUUGAGCGUAAUGGCUGUAGAAGCUGCUAAAAUUGCUGUUGUUGAUUUUGCUGAUGAGUGGACAAAGGUUGACGCGUUGCGUCAGACACUGGAUGAAUUCAAAGUUGAGUACGAUGAUCUGACAAAGGCGCUUGAAGGUGGGGAGCUACCUCUCAAAGCGGAAAAUAGAAUUUUCUUAAUCGGUAGCAUGACGACCAACAAUGCUGGAUUGCACCAAAACCUUGACAAGAAUGCAAAAGCGAUUCAGGAUUUCGUCGAAAAUGGUGGUGUCGUCUGGGAACCGACCCAAGCUGAUCAGAACGAAGCGAAUGUGGAUUGGUUGCCGUCUGGGUUGAGUUGUGUUCGGAGUGACCGUGAUAGUGCAGAUUUUAAAAUACUAAACGCGGACCAUCCGCUCUUUAACGAACCAAACCGUAUGAGUGAGAAAACGUUUGAAGACUGGGGACAUCAAGGCUGGCCUACUGUGUGGGAAGUCAUCGCUUCUCAAACAGGAUUUAACGUGCUGAUGGAAAGUUUGGGACAACCUGUCAUUAUGGAAGCGGAAUUCGGGAAAGGUAAGUUCCUGAUGAUGGCAAUUGCACCUGAUAAAUACUAUAUCGCAGGUAACGAUGACCAUACGAAAGACAUGGCAAAGCUUUUUAUGGAGAAUUUGCUGAACUAUGUUGAAGAAUUUGCUGCUGUCGAAGCAGAUGGGAAGCUCACAACGAGGUGGGCGAAUCUGAAAAUGUGA